UGUCGGACUAUUAUUUGCAUAACAUCUUUCGGCAAAACAUCUCCAAAUCCCAUGUCCUAACACAACCAGUAAAAAAAAAAGAAGACCAAAUACUAUGUCAGAUGAUGGGGGAACAAUUUUCGACGUUCUAAUCGUUGGCGCUGGUCUAUCCGGGCUGUGUGCUGCCAAGCGGAUUCGAGACAAAUGUUGCUCCCAAGUAAACUUCAAGCUGCUGGAGAAAUCCACGAGAGCCGGCGGCCAGUUUGAUGGCUUCCAGUCACGAUGGAUCACCAGCAAUAAUUUCCACAUCAUUGACCUUUGUCGAAAGCUGGACAUUGAGCUGUGUGAGCUCGCUCAAAUGACCGGUUUGGUUCCGUGUCGAACAGAGAAGUUACGUGAUAUUGACCCAUGGCAGGGAAUGAUUUUCGGAACACUAGCAAAGAUUGAAACUCAGCGGUUGAUGACGGAAAUUGACUCGUGUAGCUCAACAAGGUUCAUUGUCGACGACCCGCUGAAUAUGGAUACUUUUUUAGAGCGAAAGCUGCUGUUGGAUGAGUCUAAAGAUUUCUUCCGGUUCAUAAUAAAAAUCAGCUGUGGCUUCUAUCCUAACGAACUAUGCGUGACGGAUUGGUACAAGUUUUGUCGUUCGAUGUCAUCCGUCAGGAACGUGUACGAGACUCUGAAUGUAAGUGGGACACACUUGGUGGCUUUGUUGGGGUGGAACGAGCUGGUGGAGAAGCUACUGCGAGCAAUCGGGGAGGACAAUAUUGCAUACUCGAGCAUAGUAACUCGAGUGGAACUUACUGCCGAGGAAGAUCUCGUACUGGUGACUGAUGGGAAUGGAUGCAUCUGGCGGGGUCGAACCGUCAUUUGUGCCACCCCAUGUGAUGAUUUGCGGCGAAUCGAUUUCGCUCCUUCUUGUCCAAGCUUCUUCAGACAGCCGAAUCCGAACGCAAAUAUAACACACGUGAGCAACUUCAAGGUUUAUUACGAAUCAUCCAUUUGGAAAGAUCAUGGCUUUUCGGGAAGCAUAUUUCUGCCUUCGUAUCGGAUUUUAUGUUUUGAACGGGAACAAGGCUUACUGGAAGGGUCAUUUUUCCAUAUGGAAAAUGUUAGCGAGUUUGAGGUAAAACAUGCCAUUCUGCACAUCCUGAGCUUGAAUAUGAAAUGCCGUUCCCUGUUGAACGCUGUACAUUUUGAGUCAAAGCGGCAAAUUUUACCAUUUUACUUCGAAGUGCCCCCGACGUUCCAUCGAAGAGUGAUAUUCGCUUCAUCGAACGCUAGCUGUUGGUAUCGAGGGUUCAUUAAUGGAUCUGUACAAGGAGGAAUCAAGGCAGCCAUUCUGGCACUACUUGAAGUGCGACCGCAAACCAUCACCUACGAGGAUGUUACCGAUAUGCAGUGUAUCCACUUCAAGUAUUUUCAACGGUGCUCCAGUUUGGAGCGUGUUUGGUAUUCGGUUAAUCUUUCCAGCGUUCGUCGAUUUGUGGCCGUCGCAGCGACAAUGAUGGCCGCAUUUGUUAUGCUGUUCGGAAUUACCAAAAAUGUAACCGGAAUAAGCGAAUUCGAGACUGAAUAAUUGACUUGAUGGUGAUAAAUAUAUAUAUAUCAUACUGAUUAAAUUAAAUCAUGAAA